AUGCGACCUUUAAUGUUCUUCAUCUACUGUAUGGCGUUCUUGCUCACCGAUACUGUGUUGGCAAUUCCAGACUCAUUGAGAUUCGCAACCACAUUUUCCAGUGUCGCCAGACAACUCAACAGUAUCAGUCUGGGAAACUGUUCUCUCAAAAACAUUUAUCUUCCGCUGAACGAUACCAAGAAGAGAUUGCCAACACCAUCCCCAGGUCUCAACCUGAAAUUCAUUGCCCUAGGUCGUGGCGCUCAGAACUACACCUGCACAUCCUCGAAUGCCUUGAGAGAGCACAGUGAGGAAGACAAGCCUGUUGCAGUGGGAGCUGUCGCAACACUAUUUGAUGCUUCCUGUAUCGCGUCAACGUCGCUCAACCUACUUCAUGAACUUCCUGCUGUCAUCGGCCGGGCUCCUCUUGGUCCGGUCGCUCUGAUCACAGAAUUUUUGGGUGAAAUAACAAAUUCUCCCAGCCUCAUACUUGGAGAGCACUAUUUCAACGCCGCGGGUGAGCCUACGUUCAACUUGACGAUGGGCGGUUCGGAUGCUUGGAUCAUCAGCAAGAAUAACGCGGCUGUUACGGCCCCAGCAAGAGUGGCUCGCAAUGCUUGCCCAGAAAAGGGCCGGGAUGUGGCAUGGCUAAAACUCGAUAAGAAGCAGGGCGAAGAUGUAAAGGAAGUCUACCGAGUGGUUACAUUCCAAGGUUCUGCUCCCUCAACUUGUGCUGGACAGAAGGAGAGAUUUCAAGUGGAUUACGCUGCGGAAUACUGGUUUUAUGGAUAA